CCAGUGAGUCUCAGCGCGGCUCAGUCCCGCAGAGGAAAAGUCACGUUGGGUGGAACAGGCAGCGAGUAUCUGCUUACAGCUGCUGUCAGAUAUCUGAUCACAUUCGCAUGGCGAGGAGGUAACCUGAGAGACCUGGGAGGAGUGACUUUUACACAGAGGGUUCAACAAAAAAAUGUCUUCCUCUUCUGCCGGAGUAGUCACAAGAGCAACAGACAUCAAGAGAGAAAAUGUGAAGGAGGCGGAAAAGUGCAUCAGGCUUGAGGCGCUGGACGCGGCGGAGUUGUCCAUGGAGCGCGCUACUCCCAACGCGGACGCGGUGCGGGCAGAGCUGCUGGUGAGCGCCGCGUCCUCUCUGGCCUUUUCCCCGGAGCAAGUGGCAUGUGUCUGUGAGGCACUGCAGCAGGGGGGCAACGUGGAGAGACUGGCCCGGUUUCUUUGGUCAUUACCGCAGAGCGACUUGCUUCAUGGCAAUGAGAGCAUCCUCAAAGCCCAAGCCCUAGUCGCGUUCCACCAGGCGCGCUACCAGGAGCUCUAUAGUAUCUUGGAGAAUCAUAGCUUCAGCGCCACCAACCACACCUUCCUACAGGAUCUGUGGUACAAGGCCCGCUACACCGAGGCCGAGAAAGCGCGGGGAAGACCCCUGGGCGCUGUGGACAAAUAUCGAAUCCGAAGGAAAUACCCUCUCCCCAGGACUAUUUGGGACGGGGAGGAGACCGUGUACUGCUUCAAGGAGCGUUCCCGAAAUGCGCUCAAGGAUCUGUACAAUCAAAACAGAUACCCGUCUCCGGCCGAGAAGAGAAACCUGGCCAAGAUCACAGGACUCUCCUUGACCCAAGUCAGCAACUGGUUCAAAAACAGGAGACAACGGGACAGGAACCCUUCCGAGGCUCAGUCCAAAAGUGAGUCAGACGGAAACCACAGCACAGAGGAUGAGUCCAGUAAGGGUCAAGAGGAGCUGUCUCCACGUCCGCUGUCCAACUCCUCAGAUGGAGUUAUAACUCAUGGAACCCUGCCUCUCCAGACAGGGGGCUUGGACACUGGGAUGGUGAUCCAGCAGAUCGGGGACAUCAAGGCCUCACCUUGUUCCACCAGUGGAGCUCUAUAUAAUGGAAGUUUGAUUAGCAGCAACAACUCCUUCCACAAUGGUUCCUCAUACCUGCACUCAUCAGGAAACAUACUGUUCAACGGACUUAGCCUGGGCAUUCAACCUCUGCCCUUCAGCCCUCUGCGGCCUUCUGGGGGGGUGCUGCUGGGGAGCUCUGGAAUGGACAUGCACAUGCAAACGGGCCAGGACAAAGCUGAGGAGCCUGCUCUGCAAUAUGGCACAUACACAAGCUGUGUGAAUGGAACUGAAGUAAAGCUGGAGAGCAUUCACAACAUGGGCUCUCAAAACAGCCCCUCUACGCUCUCUCUGGGGGGAUACAGCCUGGUGCCUGUGCCCAAUGCAGUAACAGAGAGUGACAGCAGCCCUCUCCUCAGCAGUGAUGUGGGUCUCUCUCCACUGCAGUUAUCCUCCUCCUCUACUGUGGCUCAAGCCUCUCUUCCUCUGAACAAUGUGUCAGUGUCUUCGUCCAGUGCUGAGAUGACCCUGGCGUCCCUCCACCAUGGCACAGUUCUUUAUAGCAUGGGCCCCAGCACUCACGGCUCUAUCAAAAAGGAGCCUCUGGACAGCAGUGUGUUCUCGUCAUACCACCCCACCCUCCAGCUCGAGCAUGGCACACACAUUAGCUACAGUGGCCCCGGCCCAGACCAGGGGGCCCACAGCCAGGGGCCCAUCUCUACCUCAGAGGCCGCAGCAGUAAGCUCCAGCUCUGAGCCUGAAGUUUACACUACUCUGACUGUGAGUGCACCUUUGACGGCUCACAGCGACCACCUUCAGUCUGCAGAGUACCUGGGGGCCCCCGAGGUCAGGGCCACACAUCUGAUCAGCUCAGGCAAUUACAUGAACUUGUCUGACAGUAAGUCGGAGGACUCAGGGGCCGUGAGCGAAAUGGUGCGGGUCAUGUGCGGGGAGUCUGUGGAGGGGAAGGAGCUGGCCAAACUCCAGACUGUGCAGAUGGAGCAGGACAUGGCCGACCUUUGACCUCACAGAUAUCACCCACCCAGCUCUAUAUUUGUGUGAGAGUGUGUGCGUGUCAAUUGAUUUUUUCUUUCUCAUUCUUAUUUUAUGAAUGUUAAAUUAUUUGCAAAUGUUAUCAUUUGACAAUUACAAUGCACUCUGUACAAAGACAAGCCUUGAGUGUGGACCUUAGCAUUUUAGUAAAAUGAAAAUGCAGUGACAUGUUAAACCCAAACAUUGAAGUUGUUUGCUACUACAGUGGAAAAAGCCUGCCUCUAUGCCCGAGCCAUGGUUAAAUGUACAUUUUUAUAGAAGACACCUGUUUCUUCCUGUUGAGUGGAUGUGAUGUGUAGGAGCAGGUGCUAGAAUGCCUUAGGUCAUGUGACUGUCAUGUUCCUUCAAACUAAAUGCGUCAUCUGCGUCACACCAAAAAGGUCAUUUGGAGACUUCAGAAAAGUUUUAUUCCCAAAAGAGCUAAAGGGGCUUUGAAAUAAGAAAUGAUGUGCCUUUCUGUUUCUUGGCAUUUGCACUAAACACAUGGCAAUGGUCAGAAUAUAUUAUAAAGUAUGUUUGUGCCUUUGA